AAGUUGAUGGAAACAGAAUAUGAAUAUCCUUAGAAAUAAAAUAAAAGUAAAAUAAUGGUGGAAAAAGAGCAGGAUGAGCUCGAGAAUCCGGAAGCAAAUCCAUGGAAGAUGCAAUAAAUCAAAGAAGACGAUGCAUUGUUGAACUGAUCCAGUAAGUUUUCAAACGAAGAAUUUCAGUAAUGCUUCACAGCAACCACAUGGUUUCUUCUUCUUCACUGCGUUCCUGCCCAAGUUCAACUCCUUCUAGCAGGACCGCCAUAGCUUCGUGUUCUACCAGACAUUUCUGCAACUUCGGAUUCAAUCCAAAAUGGCCGCCGAUUAAUCCUAAUCGAUCGAGAAAUUUGAGUUUUAGUCAUGAUUAUGGCUACAAACCGGUGAGCUUUUGUGCUUUCAAAGAUGUGAAAUCUUCGUCUUCAACCUCUCGUAAUGGCAAUGCUUUUGAGUUCGAUGUCGUGAUCAUUGGUGCGGGAAUUAUCGGGUUAACUAUUGCCCGGCAGUUUCUUAUCGGAUCGGACCUUUCCGUUGCAGUUGUCGAUAAGGCCGUCCCUUGCUCUGGAGCUACCGGUGCAGGGCAGGGCUAUUUAUGGAUGGCGCACAAAUCCCCUGGUAGUGACAUUUGGGAACUUGCUUUGAGAAGCCACAGGCUGUGGGAGGGUUUGGCUGAGACCCUGCGUGAUCAAGGCUUGAAUCCAUCGGAGGAACUGGGUUGGAGAAAGACUGGGAGCUUGUUAAUUGGUAGAACACCCGAAGAGCUUGACAUGUUAAAGAGGAAGGUAAAGCAACUUUCUACAGCCGGACUGGAAGCUGAAUACUUGUCUGGUGCUGAUUUGCUUUCUAUGGAACCAGCUUUGCUAAUUGGGGACAAUUGUGGGGCUGCCUUUCUCCCCAAUGACUGUCAACUGGAUGCACAUGGUACUUCAGCAUUUAUCCAAAAGGCUAACAGACAUUUUAAAGGAAGAUAUGCAGAAUUUUUUCAUGACCCCGUUACCGGCUUAUUAAGGUCUGGUAGCAGUGGGAAGAUAGAAGCUGUUCGGACGUCCAAGACUACAUUGUACAGUAAGAAGGCCAUUGUUUUGGCAGCUGGUUGUUGGAGUGGAACUUUGCUGCGUGAUUUGCUCAGGGAAGGAAAAACUGUUUUGGAUGUUCCCAUAAUGCCAAGAAAGGGUCACUUACUUGUCAUAGAGAAUUUUAAUUCCCUUCAUGUUAAUCGUGGUUUGAUGGAGGUGGGCUAUGUUAAUCACCAAGCUUUAACUUUGGCUAAAGAUUUUGAGCAGAGCUCAUCCGUUUCAAUGACUGCCACUAUGGAUGUUCAAGGAAAUCUAAUACUGGGGAGCAGCCGUGAGUUUGCCGGUUUCAACACUGAAGUGAAUGAAUUCAUAGUUGCUCGUAUAUGGGAGAGAGCUUCGGAAUUCUUUUCUACGAUGAAAGAAGUCUCUUUUUCAGAUAUCAAAAGCAGCAGUAAAGUGAGAAUAGGUUUACGACCAUACAUGCUUGAUGGAAAACCAGUGAUCGGGCCUGUUCAUGGUUUAUCAAACGUGUUCCUUGCAUCUGGCCAUGAAGGUGGAGGACUUUCAAUGGCACUGGGAACUGCAGAAAUGAUUGCUAAUAUGGUGCUGGGAAGUCCUGGGAAAGUUGAUCCCGCUCCUUUUUCGGUACAAGGACGAUGCUAAUAAAUGCUUACAACUUAUGAUCCAAUAAUGCUAUCCUUAGUGGCUCCGGUCUUCAUGUAAACCAAUCCCUUUUUCCCCUAAGAGCCGCCUUGUAGUUGAAGGUCAUCAACAUCGUAGCAACUCAGAAGUCCAUGUUUUUAACAUUCUGUACCUUGACUUUCAGAAUCUGUAGUUUAUUUGUUCGAGAAAAUUUCCUGAAUUUGUGGGGCUUAAUGCAUAAAAUUUUUAUAA